UCAGUUUGGUGUCAGCGGUUCGUUGAACCGUAAAGUUUGUGGAGUUUGUCGGUGAAGCGUCGCUGCCGCCGGUCUGCAGCUUUUAUUAACAGCUGCUCGUUUUUAGUUCUUAACUUUAAAGUUAUUUUAAUAAACCACACGAGGACUUUUCCGGUUUGUUUCGUUAGUUUAAGGACUCUACCGAAGACCGAGACUUUACCGGAAGCUCACCGAGCUACCAGCUGAUCUUCCUGUGACAGCAGCGUUUCCGGUGUCGGAGCGUGUUUUUCGGGUGUUUCCGUGUUGGAUGUGAUCUCUGGGACUGGAACUAAACUCUGAGCCAACAUGGAGACCCAAAGCAGCAGCUAGCAGGCAGCAAAGCUUCCUCUACAACUUCUCCUCACGGUUCGCAGCUCGGUUUGAUCUUUGUGGGAGUUUUCUCCGCCAGGAUGCCCGGAGACUCCACCGGGAACUUCCAGCUCCUGCACCGGACCUGUAAGCUGGUGGUGCUGCUCUGCUUCCUCCACAUCUCCGUCACUCUCGUCUUCUACGUCCGCUCUCUGGACAUCCGCUUCGCCUUCACGCAGAACCAGCAGUCACACCGGUCCGGUGGCUCUACCGGGGAGCUCGGUGUCUCUACCGGGGAGCUCGAUGUCUCUACCGGGGAGCCCGGUAACCAGAGAGAGAGAGCACCGGAGGUGAAGACAGCAGAGGAACCGGCAGAGAAGCCCACAGAACCGAGAGAGAAGCUCAAAGAACCGGGAGAGAAGCUACAGAAAUGUCCUGAAACAUCGCCGGUACUCGUGGGGCCUCUGCGUGUGGAGUUUAACACCCCGGUGAAUCUGGACCAGAUAAAGAAGGAGAACCCGCGGCUGGAGGCGGGGGGGCGGUUCCGGCCGGCGGACUGCGAGGCGCUGCAGAAGGUCGCCAUCAUCAUCCCGUUCAGGAAGAGAGACGAGCACCUGAAGUUCUGGCUGUACUACCUGCACCCCAUCCUGCAGCGGCAGCAGCUGGACUACGGAGUCUACGUCAUCAACCAGGACGGAGACGUGAUCUUUAACCGAGCCAAGCUGCUGAACGUCGGAUACACGGAGGCGCUGAAGGAGUACGACUACGACUGCUUCGUGUUCAGCGACGUGGAUCUGAUUCCGAUGGACGACAGAAACACCUACAAGUGCUUCAGCCAGCCGAGACACCUGUCUGUGUCCAUGGACAAGUUCGGCUUCAGGUUACCUUAUAAUCAGUAUUUUGGGGGCGUGUCCUCGAUGAGUAAGGAACAGUACCUGAAGAUCAACGGCUUCCCGAACAACUACUGGGGCUGGGGUGGCGAGGACGACGACAUCUACAACAGGCUGGCGUCUAAAGGCAUGUCCAUCUCCAGACCCAGCGGAGAGGUCGGGAAAUGCAGAAUGAUCCGACACGACCGAGACAAGAAGAAUGAACCCAACCCUCAGAGGUUCGACAGGAUCGCUCACACCAGAGAGACGAUGUACAAAGACGGGAUCAACUCUCUGUCCUACCGAGUGGUGAAGACGGAGAAGUUCGAUCUGUUCACUAAGAUCACGGUGGACGUGGGGAAACCAUGACGACGGUGGACGUGAGGAAACCAUGACGACGGUCGUGGGGAAACCAUGACGACGGCCGAUCAGCUGAGCGCAGGAUGCAGUACAAACCAAACGUGCCUUUGACACUUGAAUCUUUUUUUCUCUCUUUUUGUUUUUUGCACCGAACACGGACUGCAGGGCGGUGCCUCCAGGACUCGUCACUGAUUGGACGACUGUGACCAAUCAGCUGCCUGCGUCUGCCAGUCAGACGCCGCUGCUGUUUCCUGCACCAGACUUUUAUUCUGAAAAUCACUCAGACAAUCAGAGUGGGGGGUUGUGGGUAAUGAGUCCUGCUUCUGAUCCAGAGACCAAAAACUGUUUACAUCAGCGACACGUUCAGGAGCCGCCGUAAAACCCAGCGCCACGGCAACCGAGCAACCCGUAGCAACCAUCAGCUGUUACCAUGGAAACAUGGGAUGAUUGUGGGGUCAUCGUGUGUGUGUGAAGAUAUUGAACUGAUCAGAAACUGAUCGAUCGAAUCUCUGGAUCAGAACCAGAACAGCAACUCUGAGUGUGUGUGUGUGUCUGUGUGUGUGUGUGUGUGUCUCUGUGUGUGUGUGUGUGUCUCUGUGUGUGUCUCUGUCUGUGUGUGUGUGUGUGUGUGUGUGUGUGUAUCUCUGUAUCUCUGUGUGUGUGUGUGUGUGUGUGUAUCUGUGUGUGUGUGUGUGUGUGUGUGUGUGUGUGUGUGUGUGUGUGUGUGUAUCUGUGUGUGUGUGUGUGUGUCUCUGUGUGUGUGUGUGUGUCUCUGUGUGUGUCUCUGUCUCUGUGUGUGUGUGUGUGUGUGUGUAUCUCUGUAUCUCUGUGUGUGUGUAGGUGUGUCUCUCUGUGUGUGUCUCUCAUUUAACCAGAAUAUGAAAAGCAAUAAUCUGAUGAUUGAUUUUAAGUGUCCUUAUUAUCCGAGCUGCUGGAACCAAAGAGUUUAUUUAAAACAGGAAGCAGCGAUCCUGAUUAUUAAUUAUUGAUUGUUGAAUCGCUUUAAUCACUUCGAGGUGUUCGUGUUUGUUUGUUGACCAAAAAUCUUUACUUGUUUUUUAUCGACUGAAUCACUUUUUUAAAAUGUGCCUUAAAUCAUUACAGAUGUUUGAAUGUGUUGGUGGAGGGAAGCUGUCAGUAAAAUACAACCAAUAAACCUAAA